CCGCUCAGCAGACCGGAGACAGCCCCGGUGCUCCUCUGCGCCUCUGGAUUCACUUGCCCUGUACGUGCUGGAAUCGUACCGCAGACAUGCCCGUGUUUAUGGACGACCCGUCGGUGCUGACCAAAGAGCGUCUGAAGAGCGAGCUCCUGGCGCACAACGUGGAACUCCCCGGAGGAAACCCUCCUAGAGACGUGUACGUGCAGCUGUACGUGAAAACCCUGAGCGCGCAGAGCCACGGCACCGACGCCACUCGGGACGGAUUCUCCAGCGACGAGGAGCUGCCGCCGCCUCCGGUGACCCGCAGGAGCCGCUCCUCCGGGAGGAAGUCUGAGGCGGCUCGGCUGGACGUCACUCUGCUGACAGAUGAAGCUCUGAGGGACCAGCUCCUCGUGCAUGGGGUCCACGCAGGGCCCAUCGUGGCCUCUACCCGGAAGCUGUAUGAGAAGAAACUCCAGAAGCUCCAGGACAAAGGAGCCGUCCUCUCUGAGCCCCAGAAGAACCACAGCAGCAGUCAAGAGGCCGAGCUCUACAGCGACCAGGAGGAGGAGCCCACCGCUGACACUGGCCCCAGACCGGCCCCGGAGCCAGAGCCGGUGCCCGAACAGAAGGAUGGUGUGAGGAGCCGCAGAAACAACAUUUCACAGAGACUCAGCAGCAGCCAGCAUAGCACGAGAUCUAUGGAGCGGACAGCAGAGGGCGCUGAGCUCACACGCAGGUCCAAGAGGUUGGCCCACAGAAUGGUUCCUGAGGAUCUCAGGCCCCUCUCGACAGAAAAGGAGGCAGAAAAAACAUCUUACAGCCCUGUCAGGGGCCCCCUGCCUCCCUCCUCCAGAUGUGCUGCAUCUCCUGUGGCCUCUGUUCUCUCCUCCAGACCUGCUCCAGCCCAUGGCCAUGUGGACCCUGGCUCUGGUACCAGGCAUGGUCUGGCCCCAAGCUCUGUGACUAUUGACUCUCCAUCCAGACCUGGUCACCCACCUGUUGGUACUUUAUCUUCAGUAAGACCUACCCCAGCUCUGGACCCUGUGGUCCCUGUGUCUUCUUCUAGAUCUGCUCAGUUAGCUUUGGCCCCUGGCUCCUGUUCCGGACCGGCUCCAGCACGUGGCCUUGUGGCUCGUGGUUCUUCUACCAGACCUCCUAAGGCUGUGGCUCCUGGGAGCCCCUGGCCCUUCUCUCCACAGGUCCCUCUGGACCCACUUACCUCCAUCUUCAGGUGUAACAUCUCCCCCAUAUUGAAGCCAUCACAGACCAAGCCGGACCAUGUGCUGUCAGCAGCGACGGAGAAGGUGCAGAAAGUAGAGCAGGUGGAGAAGAUCCAAACAGAUCCACCACCAGAGGAGGACCCUGCAGUGCCAGAGCUCAGUUUCACAGGACUAACAGCCUCGUGUCGCCGGCCAAUCAAAGGAGCCGCUGGUCGUCCUGUGAUACUCUCCAAUCGCAGCCAAUCAGCACACACAGAGAUCAAAGUCAGCAACUCCACCUCUUCCAUUACCAACACUGCCAACCCUGCCCUUUCCAGCGCCCACUCUGCCCCUUCCUAUACCAGCCCUGCCUCCUCCAGAGCCACACCAACCCUCCCCGACGCUAGCGCCCCCUCUGCCCGUCAGGCCAAGGCGCAGGGGGGCAUAUCAUGGUGGAAGAAGCUCCUCCUCUGGGCCGUGCUGGCUGGGUUCCUGUUCCUCGUGUACCAGGCCAUGGAGACCAACAGCGCCGCCCCGUUCGAGGAGGCCAAGGAGAUGUGAAGAUGGUUACUUUUUUUUUGUAAAAUAGUUCUCCUCAACUGUGACCUCUGACUGUGCUCACUGUAAAAAAGUCUACAGGAGUCCCAUUAGGUUCCUUUUAGGCCUUCUGUACAUAAGACUCUAAAGUGUAAUCUUACCAGAUCUCUAUUAAUUUGACAGGUUCGGCUGCGCUCUUCCUCUGAAGUGUCACGUGAAAACCAUCUCAUGGACUGGGACAGUAUUAAGGUCAUAGGCACAGAGAACAACAGACACCAUUGUUGGAUCAUGGGGAGCCAUCCAGAUCUGGAAAUGUGCCCACCAGACUGUAAAUCGUGAUGAGGGUCGUACCAACUCUCUCACACCUGAGAUAUAAUUCUUAUUUAUUUGUUAUAUAAAUAUUUAUAAGGAUAAAAAGACAUCGGGUCGCGGGGGCAGUAGUCCCUGCUUAGACUGCUGCCCUCGUGACCCGGCCCCGGAUAAGCGGAAGAAAAUGGAUGGAUGGAUAAAAAAACAUCAACAGUAUGACAUCAUCAAACAUACAAAAAAUGAAUGAAAAAGGCGUAGAAAGAAGAGCAAUCUUAUGAUGACUAAUUCUAAAGACGUCUGCUGUCGUUCUACUGCCCCAAGUAGGAAAACUGCGCCAAAAAAAGUUUAAAUGAGCUGAUCAGACACAUUACAGCACCAUCAUGUGACACUUCUGAGGAAGGCAGCAGAGAGCUCCAACUGUCAUGGUAUGAAACUUAAGGUCAGUACAUAAGAACCUUAAUAUCAUCUAGAGGAGAUAAAAUAAAAAUAAUUUUAUCUCCUGUAGACUCAAGUAAAAUUGCAAAUCCUGUGUCUGUCUUUGAAGUUAAAUGUUUCCUUACCUGCCAGAAAAUGUAGCUUUUAAAUAAGAGAAACCUAAAUGCAGUCUUAAAAAUCAAAGCAGUCUGAUUUCAUUCUCCUGUAUCUUGACUUUUUACAGUGUCCCAAAGCUUUCCUGUGUGCUUUGCAGUGAAAACAAACCUUUUUUCAUGUUUUAUAUUUUGAGUUUGUUGAAUACUUGUGUACUUUUCAAUGUGCCUUACAGUUUCUAAUAAUAAAGUUUAAUUUCUAAUAAUGCA